AUAACUCCAAGUAUUUGUAAAUACUCGGCAGUAAACAAUGAUUUGCAUGUUGCUGUCACGAUAAUCAGCAGGUUACAGGUGGCCAUAUUGGUAUUGCACACCCUGCCUUCGUGGGCAGGUGUGUUACCUGUGGCUCUCUCAGGAAGCAGCCGCUCUGCUGCAGCUGUGCCACAGAUCAGUGACGCGCACAUAAUAAUAUAAACGCGACGAGGGAGAUCAGACCAACUCUGCGUCCUGUCUGCUGGACUGACCCAGUCCUGCAAUGUUUGUUUGUCGGAUUGUUUGUUUGUUUGUUUUGUGAGCUGGAGGAUUCACGACAGCAGACUGACGGAAGUGCUUCCUGACAAUAAAGAGGUGCGUCUCAUUUCCACUCCGGCAGCGACGGACUGCGCACGGCUUCCAACGCCGGAGCUGAGGAGCACUGACGCAUUGUGGAGUCGACAACAGGGGGGUAGUCGUCGCACUGCAAACCCCGGCUUCGCUUCACAACGGAGGCAUCAAUCGGCAAGACCGCGAUGGCCGUGGUGCAGCUCGACACUGACGCGGACCAUCAGCCGGAGAACGGCUUCGUGUCCCCGGACACCACGUCGCUGGGGCUGCUGACGCGCGUCGACGGCUCCGUGCUGCCGUUUCUCGGGGGCUUUGGGAAGUACCAGAAACAGCUGAUCGUGCUGACAUGGAUCCCUGCGUUGUUCAUUGGAUUCAGCCAGUUCUCUGACAAUUUCCUGCUCGCCCAGCCGAACAGCACAUGCAUCCAUCCGGCAGUGAAUGCGACUAACCACACCGCGGCUUUCUCAUCGUUGCUGGCGGACAGUGCCAGGAACGGCAGCGUGCGGCCAGCCGCCCACGUCCAUGUCAAUGGUAGUUGGGGCAAAUACAAUGACAACAGCAGCAGCAUGCUCUGUGACUGCAGCCAGUGGACAUUCGAGCUGCACACGGGGCUGGUACAGAACGUGGUGACCAAGUGGAGCCUGGUGUGCGGCUCAGCAUCUGAAGUCCAUAUCGCAAAGUUCUCUCUGUUGGUUGGAUCAAUAUUUGGAUACCUGGUGUUUGGAAUCCUCGCCGACUGGUUUGGCCGCCACCCGGUGCUGAUCAUAUCAGUAUUCUUCAUGCUCGUGUUUGGUUUGACCGUGGCCUUCUCCGUCAACGUGGCCAUGUUCAGUACCCUGCGCUUCUUUGAGGGUUUCUGCCUGGCUGGGAUCACCCUCUCUCUCUACGUUCUCAGGAUCGAGCUGUGUCUGCCAGGAUGGCGCUUCUCCAUGACCAUGGUGGCCAGUUUCGUGGUUUUGGGGGGUCAGCUGCUGAUGCCCGGGGUGGCAUAUCUCUGUCGUGACUGGCAAGUUCUUCAAGCCAUUAUCAUCUGCCCCCUGGUGCUGAUGCUGUCUUAUAUCUGGAUCUUCCCUGAGUCCCUGCGUUGGUUGCUGGCCACGCAGCAGUACGGUCGCUCCAAAUGGAUCAUUGGGCACAUCGCAAAGAAGAACAGAGUGAACAUGGAGAGGGACUCGGACCACUUUGUCAACGAGUUGCAGAAAGCUCUUCAAAAGAAGCCUAAAAAGACGUGCAUUGUGAAAAUGGUCGGAACAAGAAACUUGUGGAAGAACAUCGUUGUGCUCUGUGUCAACUCGCUCACAGGAUACGGCAUCCACCACUGCUUUGCUCGCAGCAUGGUGGUCCCUGAGGCCCAGGAGACCACCAUGUUCCACAACUUCUAUGCAGACUAUUACACCAUGGCAGGUAUUGCGGUGGCGUCCUGCAUGGCUCUGUGCCCAGCAGUGGGUCUGAUGGGCCGGCGUGGAGGCCUUCUGAUGUUCAUGAUUAUCACUGCACUGGCUUCGCUGCUGCAGCUGGGCCUGCUCAACUUGUUGGGGAAGUACAGCGGCCAUCUGAAUAUAGAUAGCUCCGGUACGCUGAAUAAGAAUUUCUCCAUUGCCUUUUCCAUCAUCGGCAUGUUUUCCUCCCAUGCGGUCAGCAACCUGAGCAUCUUUUUUUGUGCUGAGAUUACACCCACGGUGAUCAGGGGUGGAGGCCUGGGCCUGGUCUUAGCCAGUGCUGGCUUCGGCAUGCUGACCGCCCCCAUCAUGGAGCUGCACAAUCAGAAGGGCUACUUCCUUCACCACAUUAUCUUUGCCUGCUGCACCCUAAUCUGCAUCAUCUGCAUUCUCCUGCUGCCAGAGACUCGCUACCAGCCCCUCCCAGAGACCCUGGCCGAUGGGGAGAGCUACACUCGUCAGCCUCUCCUUCUCCCUAGGAAACCAGGGGAACAGCACCUCCUGCUGGCGCAGUCUGAGAGCAGCAGGGACUACACAAGGGUUCAUGACACCCCGCUGCACGAGGCAGCAGUCAUUGCAGUGUCCACCAUGGACUCCACUGCCUCAUCGGCUGUGGAUCUGACCGUCCCCUCGGUCGGGGACAUGUCCGGUCCCACCUUCACGGACUUGCACCCCGGCAAGACUGAGCUUAAAGACCUCAACGGCCAGUCAGUGGCAUCCCCCGUCACGCCACUGAGCAAAGACAACGUCAUACGUGCCAGCAAAGAACACCUGCUGUCUUCCACCCCGUUACACAAAGCCCCCUCCAUCACAGACCCACUGUUAGGUGGUGCUGAAGAACCUCAAGCAAUAGUGCAGCACCCUCUGGAACCUCUGACCGACUCUACCUUUCAUGAAAUGAACGAGAUUGAUCCUCCUGCUCCUUCAACUCCUCCUGCACCUCCGCCUGUGCCUGCCUCCUUAACGGUCACGCCCAUCAUCGAGCCCACACCCAGCUCCAUGUUGGAAUCCCCGAACCCUGAAAUUAACGACAUAGACACCAUUGCCGUGAAAUUUGAUACGAAUUUAUCAGAGGACUCUCAAGUUACGCCGGCUCCUUCCGCUUCUGCUGCUCCCUGUGACUCCCCUACUCCAUCUAUGCAUGAGAGCCUGCUUCCCUCCCCUAGUCCCUCCCCCGCUCCCUCCCCUGUUCCUAUGAAAGACUACAAUCUUUCCAACGACCCUCUUCCCUCCAUUAGCACGGACUCUGACAUUCCCAAAGAUUUAAAAGUAGAAGAUUCUAGUUCCCCCCCUGCUGCUGGAGAUUCCCCCACACUCCCAAUUGAAAACUUGCAGCCAUUAGAGUCAGAGUCUGGUGCUGUCGAUGAUGCAUCUCCCCAUCCUCAACCUCCCUUAAAUCAAGUUUCCCCUUCGACCACUCCUCCACCACCACCACCAACUGACUCGGAGCACAUGCCUUCAGAGGACCCUUGUCCUGCCCCUCUCACAGAUACUCCUGCGCCGACUCCAAACAUUCUCCCCAUCACACCAAUCGUGAACAGCUCCACUCCAGAACCAGACACACUAACUGUUAAAGACAGCGUUCCAGAUUCAGAUACUAGUCUCGCCUUAGACUCAGCACCCACUUCAGCCACAGAUUUAGGCUCCUUAAAUGUAACCCCCUCUUCGCUACUAGACUGCACCGUCUCCUCCCCCAUAGACUCAGGUGCCCUCGCCAUCACGGACAGUGCCAGCACAGAAAACAACACCGUCAGCGACCUGACUUCAUCGUCGUCAUGAUCCAGUGUUGCUGCCAGGAACCGGAGCUUUAUGGCUGCAGCAGGAGAAAAAGGCAGCCCAUGUCUGACGACCACCGGGGAGAAAGGGGAGAGAGGUCUUGCUUGGACUUCAGGUGAAGACUGUUCCCGUCUGGAGUUGAGUAGACAUGUCUUACGCCAUUGUUGUAUGUUGGUUCUCAGUGACCCUGCGACCUCGCCCCCCCUCCCUUAUCCUUUCUUCCUUUAGCCACUAAACAAGACCACCAAGUGAGAGAGUGCCAGAGGCUGGUUUGUAACAAUGUGACACUGUCUUCUGCUCUUUUUUUUUGAAUGUCACUGGAAAUCACCAGCCUUUAAACUAUUCUUGUUGUUAAAUGAAUGGGAAAAAAUUACAUUCUGUCAUUUUAUGAAAACUUAGUACUAUACCUAGAAUCACUGACAUGUCUCAUCAAGACUGGUGGUUGGUGAUACUAACAAAAAAAAAUUAAUUGUUGCUUUGGUUAAAUAAAAUAUCUGUCUGAAAUAUUUUUGAAAAAAAACACACAAAAAAUGCCUUACCUAUGUGGACAAUAAGUGUUUUUCUUUGAGAAAAAAUAAUGCCAAAAACAACUGACCAAAAUUAAAAAUAGCGCAGUGCUCAAACGUUUCCAUUGAGGCAGUAUUUUGAGAGACACUGUGAAGCAUGACCCCUGUCGGAAAUGUAGAAAGUUAAUUUAUUAAUAUUUCUUAAAUAAAUUUAAAACAGCCAGUUAAAAAAAUCAUCUGGGAAGAAGUUAAAAAUUUGGUAUGCAGGAAUUUUGUUUUUUCUGUAUUUGUAAACAGAAAAAGAAACGGGUCCUCUUCUUUCUCCUACAGGGGGUGCUAAGUAAUGUAGUUUGUAAGUCCUGCUUCAAGAAAAAACCCUGUAUUUUGGUACAAAAUUGUCAUGAACUUUACAUUUUUAAAUCUUCAUCCCUUAAAAUAAUCCUAAAGAAAAUCAAAUUUGUGUGAAUCUCCAGCGCUAAGGCUUGGCAAAGCAAAGCAAAUUUACAUUACAGUUACAUUACUGCCACCUAGUGGGUCUAUUUUUACUUGUUAAUGUUUUGGUCCUGACAUUAGAUGAAGGCAUGAAAAGGAAAUCAUGUCAGAGGGUUAGGGUUAUGAGCUUGAUUGAUUGAUUCUGUCGUUUAUCCUAAGGAAUUCCUGCUUACUGCAAUUUUUAACACGCAUAAGAGAAGUGACACUGGGUUCAAAAUUACCCAUAUUUUGUCAAUAUGAAGACAUUUAUUUUUUCAAUUAUUUGAGUUCAUACCAGAUAUGAUAUGCAAAUGCUUUUAUUUGUAAAUGUGAUAUUGUAAGCAAAAGCCUCAUAAGUUGUUAUUUUCCCUCUACUUUAACUUUGAAAGUAUUAUUUGAACAUUCCUCAGUGGCAUGUCCUUAUUGUGCAAUUCUAACAGUAUUUGUGGCAACCCGGUGGCCGGUGCCACCUUAAUAUUUACGGUGGGGACAAAGCAUGAAAUUGGUGUCAGAAAAACAAAAUAUUAAAAAAAAAAAAAAAUUAGCAAACCACAACAAAAAAAAUCCAUAGGCGUUGUGACAUUCACCGACCUUAGCGUGUUCUCCGAAUCAUGUUCUUACAUUUAAGGACUUCUCGUACUGUAUGUCAUCAGUGUGUUGAUGCACAGCUUGGUUUACCUUAAAAUGCAAUAUUUCAUACCUUAUCAAAAUCAAAUCACAGGUCAAAUCUUUUUUUUUUUUCACACAACUUAUCAGUGAUUGUAAAGCAGUACAGUUAUUUUUGGGAGGCACGAUUUCUUCCAUGUCCAUAUAUGGACUGCAUUAUAUUGGACUGUGUGAUGUGACGGGUGUAGUUACAUACUUUGUACGUUGCAAGUGAUGAUAUUUGUCGAUGACAGUUGUGUGUUUAUGGGAAGACCACUGUUUACAACAAUCCUCAUGCUAACAAUAAUACUAAGUAAUAAUACUAACAAAACUGUACUGUAAAAACCUAAGAGCCAACUGGAUGAUGUCUCAACAUUUCAAAUGUGAUUAAAAACCUUUCAGCAUACCACACUACGUUCAGAUAAUCAGUGAUUUGUUAAAGGAAAAAUUCAGCCAUUUUUCAACGCAUGGUGCUGUUGUUUGAGGGCAGUGGGUUCUGCCAGUAGGGAGGGGGCGCACCAAGACAACUUGACUCCACCAAGACCUACUCAUGAUGGUCUCAACACUAUGCAGGUUCUCUGGUUCUGGUGAUAGACUUGUCAACUGAUAGACUGGUUAACUCCGACUCCAGGUCCAGGGUGUACGCCACUUUUGCCUGAUGUCCGCCACAGUGUUUGUGGGGAAAGAACAUACAUCAUUAGAUGCGACUGAGUUGUGGGACUUUGUUUAAAAAAUUUUCUGCAAGAAAUCUGUUCAUGUUGCAUAGCACUUGUAGCACUAUUUUGAGCAUAUUAAGAGGCAAAAGGUCUUCACAAUCAAUCCAAUAUAUGAGCUUUUUAUGAUGACUACUUGGUACUUUCAAACUACAGGGAUGUACUGAAGAAGGCCGAAUUUUUCCUUUAAGGAGUCAAACCACUGAACUGUUUUGUCAUUCUCAUUUUAUUUACUUAAUUAAGAAGAAGAUCUUGCAGGAACUUUACUCACCAGAUGCUCUUUUAUAAGACUUGGAGGUGUACUGACAAGGGCUACAUGCCAUUUAGUACGUGAACGACCGGGUAAACCUGCCCGAUCUUUGUUCUCGAUAGGAGGAGUCAUCGUGUUUCAAGUACUAGCAGUAAUAUUUUGAGCCCAUGAUCUCAGCGCCAUGUUGCUAUGCCUCAAAGCACAACACCCUGCAAUCAUGUGACGUCCGAUUUGGCAGUGCUCAGUAUUUUUUCAUUAAAAGGGUAAAAGAUUAGUUUUGAAUACAACACGGUGAAUAUAAAAUGCACACUUUUGUAGUACAGCCAGGUGUAUCUACAUUAUCGGACAGGGGGGUGCACAUGGGUUUAAUAAGGAUCCCCCGGCUUCUGCCCUGGGCUGUGGGCUCACUCUUGUGGUCAGUAGCUUGUCGUUACUCCUACUCCUUGCCGUCUGUGAGUGUUGUUUCUCUGUCUCAGUGUUCGUGUUGCCAAUGUUGAAAUCUAUUAUCUCCUUAACUCCAUGCAACACCAGUGUGAAGGCAAUGACAGCACAACACGAGCAGUCUCCUAGGAGAUCUGUUGCUUCCACCUGGACAACCCUCGUGCAUUUGUUACACAGGAAAGAUGGGAGCUGUUGUGUUAUGGUUUAGUUUGGUUUGAUUAGCUGUACAAUUGAAGUAUAAAGCAGUGAACAUAUUCCUAAGCAAUGAUUGGUUGGGCAGACGGGCACUUACCUUAUAAAAAGCAAAAACAUGGUUUAUUCCAUUGUCUAUAGCAGAUGUGUGGAAACACUCAGGUUUGUUGAUGUGAAAACUCUUAGACGGCGGAGUGAAUGAACUGAAAGAAGUAUUUUGCCAUGAAGUUCCCUGUGUACACUUUUCAGGUUUUGCUCAAUGUGCAAAUCUCCCCACUGGAGGUUUGAAUGAAUGUAAAAAAAAAAUGAAAAAAUCGAUUGUAACCUUUUUAAUUUUCAAUUGUUUGUUUUCAUUUUGUUGCUGUUUUAACAGACAUGAUGCACUUGUACAUAAGCCAUACUGGUUGUUAAAAUAAACCACUAUUUAUUGAUCAGCUGUGAA